UUGUGUGAGCAUUGUUUCAAUGGAGGAAAAUAUCUACUUCAUUGCUUUCUUUUAGCUCUUCUUACUAACAAAGCAGCCUCUCAUCUUUUUCAAUCCAACGCCAAUGCCAAUCAAAAGGUUAAUACUGGAUUUAAUUUCUUGUCUUUUUUUUUUUUUUUAAAUUUCCAUUGGUGAUGAACUUCAUUUUAAAAAAAAUAAAAAUUGUAAUCGGUGAAUAUUCGGAGCUAUAUUGUGUAUAUGGGUGACCGACUUAAAGAUGGAGCUUCCACAGCUUUGCUUCACAGCAGCAUGGUACAAGAUGUUUUUGGCAGUGAGUCGAAGACAGUGCUGUACUGCUACAAAAAGAGUUUUAAUGGGUUCGUGGUGGAUUUGACUGAGGAAGAAGCACAAAAAAUGGCCGGAAUAAAGGGUGUAGUAUCAGUGUUUCCAAAUGAAAAGAGAAAACUACAUACAACAAGGUCAUGGGAUUUUAUGGGAUUCCCUCAACAAGUUGAAAGAGCAACCAUGGAAAGUGAUGUUAUCAUUGGUGUUUUAGACAUUGGAAUUUGGCCUGAAUCUCUAAGCUUUGAUGACAAAGGACUUGGUCCACCUCCUUCCAAAUGGAAAGGCAGUUGCCAAUUUCAACCACAAGACAAUUUCACUUGCAACAACAAGAUCAUAGGUGCAAAAUAUUACCGCAGCGAUGGACUGCUUUUACCGGAUGACUUUGAAUCUCCGAGAGACAGCGACGGUCAUGGGACUCAUACUGCUUCCACGGCAGCCGGGAAUUUAGUUGAUGGUGCAAGUCUCUACGGCUUUGGUUCAGGAACAGCUCGAGGAGGGGUUCCAUCAGCACGCAUCGCGGUGUACAAAAUAUGUUGGUCCGAUGGUUGUCAGGAUGCCGACAUUCUCGUAGGAUUCGAUGAUGCGAUCUCUGAUGGAGUCGAUAUUAUAUCAAUUUCAGUCGAAGGAGGACGGACUGGAGACUAUUUCGAACAUGCGAUCGAUGUCGCAUCUUUUCACGCCAUGAAAAACGGUAUACUGACCGUAAUUUCGGCGGGUAACGAUGGCCCUAGACGUUCAACGAUCUCUAAUUUCUCACCGUGGUCGCUUUCCGUGGUAGCUAGCACCAUUGAUCGUAAGUUUUCCACCAAGGUUCAACUUGGCAACAACAAGAUUUAUGAGGGAGUAUCAAUAAAUACAUUUGAUCUCAAGAAUAAAACGUACCCUAUGAUUUAUGGCGGAGACGCAGCAAACACUACUUCAACAUCUACUAUAUCAUCGAGAUUCUGUUUUCCGAAUUCAUUGGAUAAAAAUUUGGUGAAGGGUAAGAUUGUUCUUUGUGAUACGAUACUUACUAACGGGAUAGGAGCCCUUUUGGCUGGUGCAGCUGGGACCGUGGCUCGAGACCAGGGCAACAAUAUUGACUAUUCUAGCCUUUUUCCUUUGCCUGCAUCUUGUUUUAACUUGAUUGACGGUCGCAACAUUUUUGAGUACGUAAACUCCACCAGGGGUAUCCGGCCCUUGGCCCUUGGCCUUCGCCAAGACUCCUUCGUGGACCGUGGUCGGAGUAGCGUAAAGCCU